UCUGUAAGGACAUGCUGGAAAGGCGCAGCCUGCAUUCAAUGGUCCCUGGACGGCAAUUAUCACAGAGCCAUCUGAACAAGACAAGAGUGUAAGUGAAUAUUUAUCCCCGUGUGGACGUCGCUGAGAGACAGACAAACCACGGAGUUGUCGUUCCCGGACGACGCUGACACUGUCAAUGGAACAUCUAGGAGACACAGGAGAACCCACAGACUGGUUCGAGCACUGCUUGGACCCGUCUCGUCGGUGUGGUCGCGGCGAUGGAGGUGUGGACGAGGCCGUUACGGAGCCCGACAGAAGCGAGUCGAUGUCGGAUGAGGACCAGGAGAAGACGGCUAUUCCAAAGGCACGCAUAGGAUCAAAGCCACACUCAACACCCCAAACGCUGAAAUGGCUGGAGGAGAACUAUGAGAUCGCCGAGGGAGUGUGCAUCCCCCGCUCUACGCUGUACCUCCACUACCUGGACUUCUGUGAGAAGAACGACACACAGCCUGUCAACGCCGCGAGCUUCGGAAAGAUAAUACGCCAGCAGUUUCCCCAGAUCACAACGCGGAGACUCGGCACGCGAGGCCAAUCCAAGUAUCAUUACUAUGGUAUCGGUGUACGUGAAAGUUCCCAGUACUUUGAGGUCAUGUACUCGGCCAAAGCAGCACAGGGAGCGGGCGACAACAAGAAAGACGGAUCGAAACAGAUGGUGGCGUACUCCCCGAGGUCCAAGCUUGGCACUCUGCUUCCCGACUUCCCCGACAUAAAAGACGUCAAGAUCCCACCUAACAUCGAUGAAUCCAAGGUGGUGACGUUCCUGAUGAUGUACCGCACACAUUGUCAGAGGAUACUCGACACUGUCAUCAGAGCAAACUUUGAAGAGGUGCAGAGCUUCUUGCUCCACUUCUGGCAGGGGAUGCCGGCCCACAUGGUACCCAUUCUGGACUGUCAGUCUAUCGUCAUGCUGGUUGGCGUGUGUGACUCCAUCCUGUACAAGGCUAUAGCCAGCGUCCUCAUGCCAACGGUGUUACAGGCACUGCCAGACAGUCUGACCCAGGUGAUCCGAAGGUUUGCCCGUCAGCUAGACGAGUGGCUGAAGCAGGCUUUGGACACACUUCCAGACUGUCUACAAAGAACAAAAUUUGACCUGGCGAGGCGGUUCGCCCAGGUGUUGCGGCGCCAAACGUCCUUGAACCACCUGUGCCAGGCAGCUCGGAGCGUCAUCCACAGCUCCGACAUCACGCUACAGAUGCUGGAUGACUGGCUUAGCGUGGACCUCAGCAGCAUCGUCAAGCAAACCCUCUACACCAUGGACCACUACUCCGAGAGAGAGCAUGAAACGAUUUUCAAUUUGUGCACGGAGUUCGAGCGUCUCCUGGAGGAGCAGGCCCCGAUUGAGUCUUACAUUGAGUGGCUGGACAGCAUGGUGGACCGCUGUGUCAUACAGCCCAGUCUGAAGAAAGCGGGGACGAUGCGUCGAUUGGCCCGACAGUUCCUGCUGAUGUGGUCGUGCUUCGGGACCCGAGUCAUCCGAGACAUGACACUACACAGCUCGCCAAGCUUCGGCUCCUUCCAUCUCCUGCACCUGAUGUUUGACGACUAUGUGAUGUACCUAGUGGAAAACCUAUACUGUCAAGAGCGAGCUAACGACUUCCUGCGAGCCAUCAAGGGAGAGAACUCGGACAAUCCAAUUGAGGAUAUCAUUCUUCCAGAUCCAAGUGUCAUCAAGGACAGCUUGCUAUCACCUGCUGACACGGCAACCUUGACCCCUACGAUACAGGAACGAGGCUCUGUCAUUACCAAUGCACGCAAUAUCAUGAGUCACAUGACAGCAUACGAUGACGCUAGUGGAGUGACGUCAUCGUCGUGCAGCGAGAGACUGACCAAUCAGAACAAGGUGACGCCAGACUCGCCCCGGUCUCGACAUCCAAACUCUAUCGCACAGGGCAAUAACCAAGGGGUGUUCCAGUCAUGUACUUCCUACAGCGCCCCCUAUAGUCAAGGUCACACGAAAACUACGCAUGCGCAUCCAGGAGGUCAAGUGCAAUACAACUAUGAUGUCACUUCCGGACAGAUGCCUGGUCAGCUGACAGACGAUACCGGAAGACAGGUCGCCAUGUCGCAGUCCGCCAUGCGCAGUGGAGGUAUCGGCACGGACUGGUCACUAAGCAACCAUCCGCGGCAACAAACAUCAAUGAACGAAAAUGUUCCCCCUCUGAUUAAGAUGAACGAAACCCACGGCUACACCUCCCCAUUUCCCCCAUCCAUCCGACAAUCAGGCAUGGAGUGCGGGGGCUACAACUACGACAACGUGGGGAAGCCCGCGCCACAGACAACUCCCGACAACAGCGCCUACGGCUACCACGGAUACUCACCUGUCGGGGAUUUUUAUAACUUCACGGAUCCGAACUCAAAGCGAAAAUUAGAAGAAGACACGUUCUUUCGGUCGUAUAAGAGACAGACAAAAGACUUUUAUUAUGAAAAUAUUCCUGGAGGUUUUGCACAGAUGUAAUUAAUAUGACAGCGUGUGAGUGUGUUAUUUAUUUCAAACCAGUGCUAUAAGUAUGUUUGGUGUUGCGAGGAUGUUCAAUGUGAUGAAUUUUGCAUUCUGUUUGGGGACCUUGCUAUGCACUUGUCCUUAACUCUUUUCCCAUUGUCCCAUGCGUUCGAUAUCUACAAACCACUAUUAAAACCUACAUGAAAAUUCCUAUUUUCAGUCAGGCGUUAAUUAGGUCAUCGUGCGGGCAUCUGAGAUCUACCAAAGGGCACGAUUUGUUUUUGACGCCACCUGUAUCCGGUUGGAAUGUAUAAAAUGAUUCUUAUUAUUUAUUUAGGUGGGUUAUCGGUCGAUAACAAUAGCCUAGAUUUCACCGAUCACCUUUUCUUCAUAAUGGUGCGAUGAGCUGAACAUGUGCCAAAGUCGUUUAAUGAAAUAUCAUGUAUGUAUUUAUCAUCUACACGAGAUUUCUAUGUUUGUUGUCUUCUUGCUUGCGAAUGGUUUACCCUUAAGCUUCUGGAAACGCCAAUACAGGCCAAGUCAGAGAGAUGUUUGACAUUCUGGGUUUUCACUUCAUCUGUCUCGGCGAUAAGACUGUCCGAAUCUGUUGACCUAAAUUCAUCAUAAGAGGAACAAAAUGAAACAAUUUAAAUGUCAAUUUCUUUUUUUCGUCAGUGUCAUAUCUUUCUGUAUUUAUGAAACACUCAAACGUUUAACAUUGGGCUCGACUUUCAAAAUAAAUACUCCCGUUUCGUAAUCGUUUUUCCUUUCGAAAUUUUGAUUUGGUAUUUUAUUCUAUUUUGGACCACAAUGUCUUGAAACAAAAUUAGUCAUGUUUUGAGGAAAUCUGACAUAUAGAGUACCCCCGUGAGCCAGGAACGCUACAUUCUGGGGUCCGUGUAUGUGCCAUAGGAAAGGACAACGUUCCAUAUGCAUGAUUCCGGUACCCAUGUCUUGUUUGCUUAUAGAGGUAUGAACGUAUCAACUUGUGUUUGCAAUUCCGCAUUGUGUAGCGGAGGGAUCCCCUCACUUUGCCACCACCUAUUGUUUCCAGUAUGAAAAUCAGUCCGGCAUGCUAAAUGGUUAAACAAUAGAAGGCACCAGGGGUCAUCUCAAAAUUUUGAUAUAUAAUAUGCAAAAAUAUUUCAUUAUUAUAAUUUAUAUAGAAUGUUUUAUCAUAGCAUUAAAUAACAUUUCAUUGAGCAUUUUGAUACAUUCAUACACGUAUUUACAGUGUAUUUCAUUAUUUCAUUAUUUUAUUCUAUAUAGCAUAAAACUCAUGCAUAGCAUUUAACUCUGGGAGGUAAAUUGAACGAAUGGAUCUGAUGUCCUUCUUAACCAUGUUCUUCACUGAGGCGACAAACUUAUCAACAGCAAUUUCCAAGCAACAACAGGAUCUACAAACUGAACGUUGAUCGUUAAUCAGUAAUUAAUCAACAAAUAAGAAAAUUCGCUCACCAAUAUUGCCAGUUAUAUUUCGACAUUAAUUGAGGGGGUGAAUUCAGUUCAGUAUUUGGUGACUUUGAUAUGGCCCCCAUGCUUGUAUAAACAUUGCUACUGUUAAUAUCUGGUGGCCUGGUGGCAAAGUGAGGAUAAACCGUAGCGGAUUCACCGUUUUUUACGCAUAUACCUCCAUUAGAGAAACAAAACAUAUUGAAGUCGAUUCUUGUAAAUACAUAGGUCAACAAUAUCUUUACAGAUUGAUUUUUAAAUCAUUAACACAAAAGAAUAUCGAGGAACAAUACAAAACAGUGAAUCGUGUGAAUUACUGUAACACAAGACCUCCAUUCUAUCAUCAGCCAAUCAGGACAAUGUUCUUAGUUUUUCGGCUUAUAGAAGCAUAAACGCAAUAAUUAAGUGCUUGGCUAGCCAGUUUCAUACCUCGAAAUCUCUUGUAUUCAUUGCUCUCUGCCUGUGACUCAUGUAAGCGGACAUUUAUGAAUCCAGUGUGAGUUUCCCUGGGAACAAAGUUUCAUUAUUAUCUAGUACGAUAAUCUUAACGUUAAAUCGCUUAUUGAAGAUGUUCUGUCAUCAUAACGCACAUCGUGUAUACAUUUCGAACAGAGUUUGUACAUUAUGCUGACACAGCACAGUCUAGUCCAGUCGAUUGCUUUCUUGGAGUCUUACCUAAGGGCCCUAUAAAGCGAAUAUUACUUUGCAUGGACACGUACACAUCUGUGUGUGUGCUUGGGUUCCGCCUCCAAGGACUUUGCUAAGAGUUUCUGUAAUAACAGACGUUUUCAUAAUGCAUGCGGAGAUCGUGGAUCAUGUUUAAAUCGAUUCUUGUAUGGUACCAGUCGCAGAGAUCUCUCUACUGCCGUUUAUGAUUAAAUUCAUUUUGAAUCUUA